AAAAGUGACUUUCACCCGAGAUGCUGCUAGUGCCUGGAUCAGCGAAAACUAGCCGAGAAAUCGAAAAAGAUGCAAUGACUGUGCCUCACAAGCCACAAUAUCGCAAUUUCCUCGACAUGCUGUCAGUUUGAAAUUCUUUUAUCCCCGAGAAGAAUCAAAAUGCACGAAGCCUACAACGUCGAGUGGCUCUUGAAGGCGCCCACCCAGGUGCAGUUCGAGUGUGUCACAGCUUUCGAUGAUACUGUACUAGUCGGCUCGAAGCAGGGCCAUUUGCUUGUGUAUAAUGUCACGCCCAAGCCGGGCGACACCAAACUGGAUGUGUGUCUCUUGAGGUUCAACAAGACCUUUUCCAAGAAGUGCGUCAGCCAGUUGGCAGCUGUGCCUGAGCUGGAAAUUUUAAUCAGUCUCUCAGAUGGAGUCAUUAGUGUCCACACCAUGAGAAUAUUUAAUUUCCCUUUGGUCGCCACGCUGGAUAAAUCUAAAGGAGCUAACCUAUUUAGUUUAGAUGUGAAGAGAGUUACGACCCUGACUGGCAGGACUUCAGUGAUGGUCCGCAUGUGCGUGUCGGUGAAAAGAAAGCUGCAGCUCUAUUAUUGGAAAAAGGACAAAUUUUUAGAGUUCAGGGAGGACAUCAGCGUGCCAGACACCCCUCGGGCCAUUGAGUGGUGCGAUGAGACGUUGGUCUUAGGAUUUAGAGGAGAAUACAAACUCAUAGAGAUUUCUAAACUAAAGCAAGAGGAUUUGUUUCCAAUCAAACCACAAGAGCCGCUUGUAACAAAACUCUCAGAAAAAACCUUUGCCUUGGGAAAUGACUGCAAGUGCAUUUUGAUGAACACCGAAGGCGUGCCAAUCCAAAAUGUGCCAGUCAAGUGGAAGGAGGCCCCUGAAGCUAUAGAAUAUGACGAGCCGUAUUUGAUCGCGAUUGAGAACGAGAUCGUGGAGGUGAAGACGACGGACGACUGCACCAUCCAGCAAAUCGCGCUGCCAAAGAGCUCGGCGCGCUACAUCUGCCGGAGCAAGCAGGGCCGGCUUUAUGUCGCGUCUGCGGCUGAAGUGUGGUGUCUGCACGCGGUACCGCUGGCCCAGCAGAUACGGCGGGUGCUUGAGGACAAGCAGUUUGAGCUGGCGUUGAAGCUGACAAGCAUUUCGGACGAGUCUGAAGACGAUAAACGCAGCAACGCCUACCACAUCCAGAACGUGUACGCGCACAACCUGUUCGAGCAGAAGCAGUUCGCCAAGUCGAUGACCGAGUUCCUCAAGCUCAACACCAACCCGUACUCGGUGAUCCAGCUUUACCCGGACCUGCUGACCAAGCCGGAGAUGCUGCACGCGAAAAUGUGCGAUCGGGACUCUGAGAAGGCGCUUCUGGCGCUGAUUGAGUACUUGACCGAGGUCAGGCAGACCACUGUCGGAAAAAGUGAGUGGAUGGCUGGCGAGUCCGACUCGAAGAAGCACAACCUAAUGCAGAUCAUCGACACCACGCUGCUCAAGUGCUACUUGCUGACCAACGAUGCCCUCAUCGCACCCCUUCUCCGGCUGAACAGGUGUCACUUAAAAGAGACAGAGAUGAUGCUAAAGAAGUUCCAAAAGUGGCGCGAGCUGAUAAUUCUUUACCAGACGAACAACAUGCACAAGUGUGCCCUCGACCUGCUGAAGGAGCAGUCGCAGGUGCCUGAAUCUCCUCUCUUUGGCACCUUCCACACCAUCAUGUAUCUGCAGCAGCUGGGAAGCAGCCACAUCGACCUCAUACUGGAGCACGCGACCUGGGUGCUCGACCAGAACCCUGAGGAGGGCCUCAGGAUUUUCACUGAGGAUUUGCAAGAGGUGGAACAUCUUCCCAGGCCAAAGGUGCUGGACUUUUUGCUGAAAGUGUCACCGGUCGUGGCGAUCCCGUACUUGGAGCAUGUGAUCAACGUCUGGGAGGACAAGUCUGAAACCAUCCACAACGCCCUGGUGCAGCGCUACAGGGAGGACAUAGUCAAGUUCUUCGCUGAAGAGAAACACGCCGAGGCCGAGGCACUCCGAACCAAGCUUCUCGCGUUUCUUGAAACCUCAAAUCAUUACAACCCUCACAUGGUUAUCACCUAUUUUCCCAUGAAUUCUUUGCUCGAGGAAAGGGCCAUCAUGCUAGGCAGACUGGCUCUGCACGAAAAUGCCAUUUCGAUUUACAUGAGGAUGCUAAACGACGUUGGAAAAGCAAUGGAAUACUGUGAAAAUGUUUAUCAGAAGAAGCAGGAGGGAUAUAAAACUAUUUACGUGCAUCUGAUGAGGAUGCUGAUCGACCCUCCAAACGAGCCGCACCAGGAGAGACUGGGACUCAACACGACGCCUGCCAAGCCUGAUGUUGAAAAGGCCCUGCUCAUUUUAGACCAGCAUUCCAAUGAGAUUCCUGUCACGGGAGCCUUGAGUGUAUUGCCCGACACGGUGCCGCUGAAAAGAGUUGAGAAGUUUUUGCACAACAGCCUGCAGCAGAUGCUGUCUGAGAGGAGAAAGUCGCAGAUGCUCAAAGGCCUGCUCUACGCGGAGCAUUUGCAAGUGCAGCAGAAGAGAAUCGCGCUUCAAUCGCAGAGUUUGCUGCUGAGUGAAACGAAGCUGUGCCCGGUGUGCAAGAAACGCUUUAGCAACCAAAGUGCUUUCGCCAAAUAUCCCAACGGAGACAUUGUUCACUACUCCUGCCAGGAUAAGAGAAAGUGAAAAGUGAUAUUUUUUGUUAAUUUAAUUUACUCUCAUUUGUAUGCCCAAUAAAUAGUAUUACUUAAACAAA